AUGGGGUUGGUCGGGCAACAGAUCGACGCCAUCUAUCACACUUCCGUUGUCUUCAACAACGUUGAGCACUUUUUCGGCCAAGGCAUUCAUCGCAAAGUCCCUGGAACUACUCACCAUGGUCGCCCCAUGAAGGUGGUUAAGCUUGGCACAACCGACCUGCCCCUGGACGUGAUCGAAGAGUUUCUGCAGUCGCUGGAGUCGAUCUACACACCAGAGUCAUACGACCUCUUCGUCCAUAACUGCAACAACUUCUCUCAGGACCUAGCUAUGUUCAUGGUGGGGAAGAGCAUUCCCGACGAGAUCAGGAGUCUGCCCGAGACGUUCCUGCGGACCCCAAUUGGUCAGAUGCUACGAGGGCAGAUCGACCAGAGCAUGCGGACAAUGACCCAAGCACCCGACGCUGUUGCGGGAGCGAACGCUCCUCGACCUCGAGCAAACGGCACAGCGUCUCACGCUCUCACCAAAUCGACCGCCAAUGGCACGACAAAGACGCCAUCUGCGCCACAUACGAAACCUACGUUUGUCAAUGCAUACAACCAACAAUCUCAACCAGGCCAAGUCUACAACGUCACUGCCAGCUCUGUCCUAAAUAAUCUCUUGGCGAGAGCAUCAAAUUCCAGCGCCAUCAUCUUCUUCACCUCAGCCACUUGUCCACCUUGCAAGCUACUGUACCCGACCUAUGACGAGCUCGCAGAGUCAACGCCCGAAGACAAAUGCAUUUUCAUCAAAGUGGACGUGUCGCAAGCCUAUGACAUUGGCUCUCGAUACUCGAUACGUGCUACUCCUACUUUCAUCACCUUCCUCAAGGGUCAAAAAUGCGACGAGUGGAAAGGCGCUGACAAUGCCGCUCUCCGAGGUAACGUUCGUCUCCUAAUACAAAUGGCAUCACCUACGUAUCGGCACCGGGAUCUCAAUGUGCCAACAUUCAAUCGCCUUGUGGAAUCGCCUAUCACAUUUACCAAGACACCGCCCCUAGAUAAGCUUACCGCAAAGCUCGGCCAAUGCGGCACCGAGCACUCCGUGGCAGCCCUUGUCACCUAUAUCAGAACGCGCGACGCGGAAGGCAUGGCUAAUGCGGCUCUGCCCGACCUGCACGCUCUGAGCACUUUCAUCAGCACCAAAUAUGCUUCAAUCCCUGUGGACCUUCGCUUCGCUCUCAUCGACCUCCUACGGACUGCAGCCAUCGACCCUCGCGUUUCCUCUUUCCUCGCCUCAACGCCCACGAUCCUGAUGACGGUACUAAGCCGGUCUUCUGCGGCAUGGCAGUCUGCACCAUAUCCUCUCCGCCUCACAGCCUGUCAGUUAGCAUGUAAUCUGUUUACCUCGCCGGUGUUCCAAGACUCUUUAGCAACUAUGCCCAACAAGGUACGAGACCUCAUCGAAGAGCUCGCCGCGGCUUGCGUUGUCGGAGAUCAGGGAACUCCGAAAGUACAGCAAGCUGCUGCCGCUGUCAUCUACAAUUUCGCCGCUCUCAACCAUAAUGAACGUCUACAAGGCCGGCCGGAUCGGUUUGUUGUCAGCGAAGACGUGGAGGCCGCCGUGGUGAGCAGCGUGUACGAGGAAAGCAAGGACCUCGAGUCUCUACGAGGGGCGCUCUUGGCCCUGGGCAUGCUCGUGUUCACUGGAGAGGAAGGUGGUGGCUGCGAAGGGCUAUGCGAGGCGAUGGAAAUGGGCGAAUGUCUCAAGGGUAAAGAAGGGGUAGAGGCGUUCAAGGACACGAAAGGCCUGAUUGGCGAGGUCAGACGGAUUCUAGCGGGCAAGUAG